AUGGGCAAGUUUGCGAAGAUAAAGAAGAUCACGGAAAAGAAAGAGGAAGAGCCAGAAGAAAUGAGGUCCGACGAAGGAACGGAUACGAGUUCGGAUGAGGAAUCCAGUGGGGAUGAAGCUGUCGAGGUUUUAAUCCUAGUGGAAAAACUGAUAAAUCUUUUUUCCUUGCAGAAUGGCACUGAAAAGAAGAAGAGAGCCGAACUGUGGGUAAAUCGAGAACGUGUUCUGAUUUUGUGUUCCCGCGGAACCGAUGUCCGAACCCGGCAUUUGCUCAAGGAUUUGAAGGUUUCAUUGUAAAAUUCCUCUGGAAGAAAUAUAUUAGAAAAAGAAAUAAAAAAGAUCUAAAAAAAUUUAGUUCAACGUUUCCAAAAGGAUACACGAUCGUUAGCAUAACAAAAAAUAGUCGUUCUUGUAUUAUAGUGCAGCUGAACGAAUCGGUUAUUUCAGAACCUUUCUUUAAAGAUUUUUCGAUUUCUGGAAUUUUUGCGACCUCGAGUUACGAAAUACUCAGAAAUACUGAAAAUUUCGGGGUGUGAGCUAGCUGAAUUUUGUUAAAUCAAGAAACAUUGGCGGAAUUGAGUACUUUUCUUCUUUUCACUAACUUUCAAAGUUUUCAUUUCAGCUGAUUUUUGGCCUAUGAGUUCAGUCUCAGAAAUUUUUUUGAUAGAAAUGGAAUCAGAAAAACAAAUGAAUUAGAAAAAUUUUUUUGAGCCGGGUUUAGAAAACGUGUACUACAAGAGGUACGCAUUUUAAAGCAAUUUUAAACUUUCAAAAUAAUUCAAGUGAUGAAAAAAAUAAUUCGGAACAUCUUCAAAAAAAUAACAAAACAUUUUUUUAACCAAGCCCUCAUUUUUUUAAAAAAAUAUUUCAAAGAUAUUUUUUUAAAAUUAUUCUUUCAUUUUAUUAGAAAAAAAAUACUCGAGUUCAUUUGAAACUUUGUGGAUGAAAAGUUUAGUUGGUGACGAUAACUUUUUUUAGAUUUGGAAAGUUGGUUUCUAGAUUUUUUUAGCUCAAUUUCAUACGAAUAAAUGAACUUUCAUUGAAAAAAAUUAAAUUAAUCAAAGAGAUUAAAAAGUAAAAAGAAAUUUACAACAUCCUUCCAGGAGCUGUUACCGCACGCGAAAGGAGAUUCAAAGUUGGAUCGGCAAAAGUCUUUGACGGCUUUGAACGAAAUCGCUGAGAUGAAGAACUGCACGAAAGUCAUGUAUUUCGAAAGCAAGAAAAAGAAGGUUUCGAAACGAAAAUUUAGUUCCAAUCCGAAAAAAAGGAUGAUGUCUUCAGGACACUUUCCUGUGGCUCGCCAACGUUGAAAAAGGUCCCUCGGCCAAAUUUCUCGUCCACAAUAUUCACACUUUGCGGGAAUUGAAGCUUUCUGGAAAUUGUUUGAAGGUGAUUCAUUAGACAAAAUUGAGGAAAAUGAAUCAUUUCAGGCCUCAAGACCGAUUCUCGCGUUUGACGACGCUUUUGAUGCGAAACCUCAUUUGGCAUUGAUCAAGACGAUGUUGAUUCAGGUAAAUCGUUGAGAUAAUGAUAGCUUCUUUAAGCUUUUUGGUUUUUUCCUGUCCCAAUCUUCCAUGUUUCAACUGAAUUUUUGAGAGUAAAAAAUCUUUUAAAGUAUAAACAAACCUCUAAUUUAUUUUCGGAAAAAUCGCAGAAUUUUUUUUUUUUUGGUUCAACUAGGCGUAUUUCUCGAAAUCUUAUCAAGGUAGUUUCACAAAAGCUUUUGUUAAUUUUUUCUAUUUUGGUCAUCUAUUUUAGAGUUUUCUGUAUCCCGGAUAGGCCCGUGAGUUCUCUAAAUUUUCGGAAUAAAUCAGGAAAUAAAUAGCGUUUCCUUUUUCUUGAUUUUUUUUUUUUGUGUUCUCUUCUUUUUUCAACACGUUUUUGUGAAAACUCGGAAAGUAUCUCAGUCCCUUUUAUUUUCUUUCUCUCUUAUCAUGGUUAGUUUUCACUCUGUAGUUUGUCCAUAUUUGAAUCUAUCCAACUGAAUCGUUUCCAUUGCUUCGUUGAAUAUAAUUAGAUAUUUUUUUAUAUUCUCAGACCUUGGGAACGCCAAAUCACCAUCCACGAAGCCAGCCUUUCGUUGACCACGUCUUCAACUUUUCCGUUGGCGAAGGCGACAAAAUUUGGUUCAGAAACUUCCAAAUUGUUGAUGAAAGUCUUCAGCUUCAGGAAAUUGGUGAGAAUUUCAAUAAAAAAGGAAAAAAAAAAGUUAGGAUUAGAAAUGAGAAAGAUGUAAUUUUUUAUGGUUUCGAAAAAGCUCCUUUAGAAAUUCAAUUGGUAGUUUCCCGGAUUAUUACUUCUUUUUGAUUUUUAUAAAAUAUGGAGUUUUUAGGUUUACUUAUGUCUUCAUUAAAAUUGAGUUUUUCAUUUCUUUUCAACUUUUUUCAAAGCUUCCAAUUUGAGCCUAUUUUGUAUAUAUAGUUUUUGUUCGAUAAUUAAGCGUUCUUUGAGUAAAUUCCUGCAAAAUUUUAGAGCGUUGCUGAUAUUUAAGUUGAAUUUUGAAUCUUCGUAAUGCCGUGUUCAAUUUGAUUCCGCGAAAUGCAAAAUACCCGUUAGAGAAAGGAAAAGAUCACUAGAUUUCGGAGAGUCAGAGAUCAUUUCGCAUUUCGCGGAAUCAAAUUGAACACGGCAUAAGAAAUCGAGAAUUCGAAAAGCCUCUCUGUGUUUUUCUUCUUCGAACGUCUUUUUUUCAAUAAUUGAUCAUCAAAAGCUUUGAAAUAACUUCAAAUGUAGGCCCUCGAUUCGUACUCGAAACCGUGCGUGUUUUCGCCGAUUCGUUUCAAGGAGCCGUCCUUUACGACAAUCCAAAUUACGUCAGUCCGAAUGUCAUCCGACGGCAGAUUCGCAAUGGAAAGACUGGAUAUAUUGAACGGCAACUUCAUCAUAAGGUUUGCAAUUUGAAGUCUCAAGAUUCACGGCUGGUUUGAGACGCUAAGGGGCGUGGCUUGCCUGCGCUCUUUACCAACCGGGCACUGUCUUCUUUUAUCGUGUCAGGACCCUUUUUCUGGAAGGUUCAAGCCUGCCGUGAAUCAGCUGUAGUGUGUCGGCCGGGACUUAACAGUUUUCGGGAGUCUGCUUUUCUCUGUUCCCUCCUCGGCGAGGUCAGAGAAACAUGAAAAUAGCUCAUGAGCAUGAGAGGGUCGCCGAGUGACGGGGAGGGAGCAGAGAAAUCAGACUUUUCGAAUCGCAAAAAAUUGACUAUCAUAUAUUUGAAAAUUUUCAAGUUGACUUUGAAAUAAUUGUAGUAAUAAAAAGAUCAAAAGAUUCAGUUUAUAUGAAUUGAGGGCCUGAAAAAAAGAAAUCAUUAAUACGAAGUAUGAACUUUAUUUGUAUUUUUGAAAGAAAAAAGGAUUUUUUAGGCUAUGGACAUCAAGCGGCAAACGGUGAACCAGAUUCUGACUGAGAAGGUUUCUGACCCCGUCGGAAAGGUAAUUUUCAACCCUUUCUUCAAUUUUACUCGUUUAUACAUGAUAUCAUCUUCAAGGAGUUCAACACGAAAGACGUUGAAAUGUCCGAGGCGGCCCAAGCAAUCACAUCGAAAAUCGACAAGCCCAAGAGAAAGAAGAAGAAGUUGGCCAAGAGAUCUGAAAAGUACACUCAUUCUGUCUGAAUCUCUUUUUUAUUUGUUACUUCUCCCAAUUGUUUCAUUGUUGAAUUUGUUCCAUUGUUACCCGAUAUAUUGUUAUAAAAUCUUUUUCUUUUCUUUGAAGUUUUGAUUUUCAUUGAAAGGAAACGUUGCCGUUUAAUAUUUUUAUGAUUUUCUUCAAUUUGUUCUGUCUUAUAUGUUUCCAGUUGCUUGUAUGUUUCAAGUCACCUUUAUAUCUUUGAAAAGCUUUUUCGGAGUAAUCGAAUUCGAACACAUUGCGAGUAAUAAAUGAUUAAGGUGAUGUCGGGUGAGUAUAAACAAAACUGGCCUCCUGAAUCCGAAGGCCAGGACGCCUACGUCCGGCUGAACGUCGGCGGCGCCCUUUAUCAGACGACGUUGGCCACUUUGAAGAAGCAGGACACGAUGCUGAGGGCCAUGUUCAGCGGCAGACUUGAGGUUUGGUGGAGUGGAAGAAAGAUAUUUGAUUUCGCUGCUAGUUCACUUUUUCGGGAAGUUAUAAUUGCUUUAAAAAAAGAAGAGAGAAAAAACAUUAUAGAUUUCCAUUAACAGUUAACUGUUUUAAAAGGUUGAUGGGGUUUUAUUUUGGUACUUUUUUUCCACCCCUUUAAAUUCCAUAAUCCUGGUGAACUCGAUAGAAUCGAUAGAAGAUGAAGCUUUUUUUGCCCUUUUUGAGCCCAUUUUUGUUUCUUUUUGCGAGUGUGUCGUAUAGUGUGUUCCGCACGAGAAGCCGCGAAAAAAAAAGGUCUUGAAGCGAAGAUUUGAUCAUAUUCGGUGUACAGUCUUUUUGGCGGAAAUGAAAACGUGACAAACUGGAAAGGAACAUUUCACUAGAUAACAUUCUAUUGAGACUAAAACUGAAAAAAAAAGAUACUCGAAAUUUUUUUAAUAAGACCAAGAAACAUGAAAGUCACAUGAAAAUUUAUUAUAUUUAACUAUACUACAAAAUUUGGCUUACCUGAAAAAUUCUUUCAUCGGGCAGAAGGUUGACUACCAGCUUUUUCCUAGGUUCUAAAAGACGAGAACGGAUGGGUUCUCAUCGACCGGAAUGGCAAGCAUUUUGGGGUGCUCCUUGAUUAUCUGCGCGACGGUUGGGUUCCUCUUCCCGACUGCAAACUCGAAAUCCAGCAGAUCUUGAAUGAAGCUCGGUAUUUCCUCAUUCAGGUAAAUGUUUGAGCCGGAAAUAUGAGAAAAUGAUUUCUAGUCAGUGAAGUUUGGUUGAAAAAAAAGCACGUCGUGAAGUUCAAACUCCGCCCCCUAAUGGCGUGAUAAACCAAUCAGAAAGCGAGCCAUCCACAGAGUGUUUUCGAAUGACGUCAUUGUACUUGGCAUUCAAAAUCUGUACUCUAACUUGAAACAGUCUGACGUGCCUGGGCCCUCCUCUCUCUCACCGAAAGGGUCAUAGAAACGUAAAAUUAGCACGUAAACUUGAGAGCGUCGCUAAGAGAAGAGAUGGCGCAGAGAAAUGACUUUUCCAAGUCGGGGCGAAUAGAGUAUAGAAUAUAGAAAAAAUAACGAAAACUUGAGAGAAUAGUCAAAAAAUGGGCUGAAAAUUAAACAGCUUGGAAAACCCAAGAAAAAAUAUGGUAUUUUAGGGCCUCCAAUCAGAAUGCGAGUCCUGGCUGGAUCUCCACUCCCAAAAGACAUCUCGAGCCAAAACUGGCACUUGUUCGAUUUUAACAGUAACUUCCAAGGAGGAAGCUGAAGAGAUCAUUAUCCCUUCCUUGAAGGUUUAUCAUUACUUUUUCCCAUGAAAAUAUGAAGAUUCAGCCUUCGAUAGUACUUCUCCUCAACCGACACAACAACAAGUUCUCCUACACUAUGCAAUCCGACGACAAUCUUUUGAAGAACCUGGAAUUAUUCGAGAGACUCGCCCUCAAGUUCCACGAUCGGAUAUUGUUCAUCAAAGGUUUCCUGGGGAGAUUUCCGAAGAAAUUCUGGUUUUCCAGACAUGGGAACUCAUUCCUCGGAGAUUUGCCAAUGGCGAUUUUAUGGCCAAUCGGCGCUUCGAGCCGGCGUUUGCUGUACUUCUAUUGUGUACGCCACUGACAGGAAACAAACCAAAGUUCGUGUCAAAGACUUAGGAACGAAAGAUAGGUCUUUAGAAGGCCGAUCGUGAGAAAGGUCAGGAAAAAAAUUUUGAAAAAUUCCAAAAAUAAUUUUUUUAAAAUUUAUAAAAUCCACGAUCGGCCGAUUGUGAGAAAGGUCAGGAAAAAGUUUGAAAAAUUCCAAAAUAAUUUUUUUAUUUUUCUAAAAUUCACGAUCGGCCGAUCGUGAGAAAGGUCAGGAAAAAAAUUUGAAAAAUUGCAAAAAUAAUUUUUCUUAAAAUUCACGAUCGGCCGAUCGUGAGAAAGGUCAGGAAAAAAAUUUGAAAAAUUGCAAAAUAAUUUUUUUCUUAAAAUUCACGAUCGGCCGAUCGUGAGAAAGGUCAGGAAAAAAAUUUGAAAAAUUGCAAAAUAAUUUUUUUCUUAAAAUUCACGAUCGGCCGAUUGUGAGAAAGGUCAGGAAAAAAAUUUGAAAAAUUCCAAAAUAAUUUUUUUAAAAUUUAUAAAAUCCACGAUCGGCCGAUUGUGAGAAAGGUCAGGAAAAAAAUUUGAAAAAAUUCCAAAAUAAUUUUUUUAAUUUAUAAAAUUCACGAUCGGCCGAUCGUGAGAAAGGUCAGGAAAAAAAUUUGAAAAAAAUUGCAAAAUAAUUUUUUUCUUAAAAUUCACGAUCGGCCGAUCGUGAGAAAGGUCAGGAAAAAAAUUUGAAAAAAUUCCAAAAUAAUUUUUUUAAAAUUUAUAAAAUCCACGAUCGGCCGAUUGUGAGAAAGGUCAGGAAAAAAAUUUGAAAAAUUGCAAAAUAAUUUUUUUAAUUUAUAAAAUUCACGAUCGGCCGAUCGUGAGAAAGGUCAGGAAAAAAUUUGAAAAAAAAAUUGCAAAAUAAUUUUUUUUCUUAAAAUUCACGAUCGGCCGAUCGUGAGAAAGGUCAGGAAAAAAAUUUGAAAAAAAUUGCAAAAUAAUUUUUUUCUUAAAAUUCACGAUCGGCCGAUCGUGAGAAAGGUCAGGAAAAAAAUUUGAAAAAUUGCAAAAUAAUCUUAAAAUUCACGAUCGGCCGAUCGUGAGAAAGGUCAGGAAAAAAAUUUGAAAAAUUGCAAAAUAAUUUUUCUUAAAAUUCACGAUCGGCCGAUCGUGAGAAAGGUCAGGAAAAAUUUGAAAAAAUUGCAAAAUAAUUUUUUUCUUAAAAUUCACGAUCGGCCGAUCGUGAGAAAGGUCAGGAAAAAAAUUUGAAAAAUUCCAAAAUAAUUUUUUUAAAAUUUAUAAAAUCCACGAUCGGCCGAUCGUGAGAAAGGUCAGGAAAAAUUUGAAAAAUUGCAAAAAUAAUUUUUCUUAAAAAUUCACGAUCGGCCGAUCGUGAGAAAGGUCAGGAAAAAAAUUUGAAAAAUUGCAAAAUAAUUUUUUUCUUAAAAUUCACGAUCGGCCGAUCGUGAGAAAGGUCAGGAAAAAGUUUGAAAAAAAAAUUCCAAAAUAAUUUUUUAAAAUUUAUAAAAUUCACGAUCGGCCGAUCGUGAGAAAGGUCAGGAAAAAAAUUUGAAAAAAAUUGCAAAAAUAAUUUUUCUAAAAUUCACGAUCGGCCGAUCGUGAGAAAGGUCAGGAAAAAAAUUUGAAAAAAAUUGCAAAAUAAUUUUUUUCUUAAAAUUCACGAUCGGCCGAUUGUGAGAAAGGUCAGGAAAAAAAUUUGAAAAAAAUUCCAAAAUAAUUUUUUUAAAAUUUAUAAAAUUCACGAUCGGCCGAUUGUGAGAAAGGUCAGGAAAAAAAUUUGAAAAAAAUUGCAAAAUAAUUUUUUUCUUAAAAUUCACGAUCGGCCGAUCGUGAGAAAGGUCAGGAAAAAAGUUUGAAAAAAAUUCCAAAAUAAUUUUUUUAAAAUUUAUAAAAUCCACGAUCGGCCGAUCGUGAGAAAGGUCAGGAAAAAAUUUGAAAAAUUGCAAAAUAAUCUAAAAUUCACGAUCGGCCGAUCGUGAGAAAGGUCAGGAAAAAAAUUUGAAAAAAAUUGCAAAAUAAUUUUUUCUUAAAAAUUCACGAUCGGCCGAUCGUGAGAAAGGUCAGGAAAAAAAGUUUGAAAAAUUCCAAAAUAAUUUUUUUAAAUUUAUAAAAAUUCACGAUCGGCCGAUCGUGAGAAAGGUCAGGAAAAAAAUUUGAAAAAAAUUGCAAAAAUAAUUUUUUUAAAAUUUAUAAAAUUCACGAUCGGCCGAUCGUGAGAAAGGUCAGGAAAAAAAUUUGAAAAAAAUUGCAAAAUAAUUUUUUUCUUAAAAUUCACGAUCGGCCGAUCGUGAGAAAGGUCAGGAAAAAUUUGAAAAAUUGCAAAAUAAUUUUUUUCUUAAAAUUCACGAUCGGCCGAUCGUGAGAAAGGUCAGGAAAAAAUUUGAAAAAUUGCAAAAUAAUCUUAAAAUUCACGAUCGGCCGAUCGUGAGAAAGGUCAGGAAAAAAAUUUGAAAAAAAUUGCAAAAUAAUUUUUUUCUUAAAAUUCACGAUCGGCCGAUCGUGAGAAAGGUCAGGAAAAAUUUGAUUGCAAAAAUAAUUUUUUUCUUAAAAUUCACGAUCGGCCGAUCGUGAGAAAGGUCAGGAAAAAAAUUUGAAAAAAAAUUGCAAAAUAAUCUAAAAUUCACGAUCGGCCGAUCGUGAGAAAGGUCAGGAAAAAUUUGAAAAAAAUUGCAAAAAUAAUUUUUUUCUUAAAAUUCACGAUCGGCCGAUCGUGAGAAAGGUCAGGAAAAAAAUUUGAAAAAAAUUGCAAAAUAAUUUUUUUCUUAAAAUUCACGAUCGGCCGAUCGUGAGAAAGGUCAGGAAAAAUUUGAAAAUUGCAAAAAUAAUUUUUUCUUAAAAUUCACGAUCGGCCGAUCGUGAGAAAGGUCAGGAAAAAAAUUUGAAAAAAAUUGCAAAAUAAUUUUUUCUAAAAUUCACGAUCGGCCGAUCGUGAGAAAGGUCAGGAAAAAAAUUUGAAAAAAUUGCAAAAUAAUUUUUUUCUUAAAAUUCACGAUCGGCCGAUUGUGAGAAAAUUCACAUAAAAAAAGCCAUAAUCGGCCGAUGUAAUUUUUCAUUUUGAAAUCACUCCAAAACUUUUUUUAGGUCGAAUUCCCCGAUUCGAAAAAUCUACGACGAGGCCAUGUCGAUCCUUCGCUAUGA